GAACACCGGUCAACACAGGUGACGACGCAGCCAUUGAAGCAUGGCAUGGCGAGCAUGGGAUCGGAGAGAGGUCGAGCGAGUGGUGGUGGUUUGAGUGGGAGUGGUGCAUCCAUCGUGGGGCCAAGCAUCCCUCCAGCCAUCAUGUAUGGCAAGACCCAUACCUCUAGCGGGACCCCAUGUCCCCCAUGUCAACCCUCCCCAUCAGAGGCAUUCAGGCGCAUUGCCCCAUCCCCAUUGCAGCGCUGCCAUGAAUGGAUGGAAUGCGAUGCGACUGCGACCGUUGGAGGCUUUCUUUGAUACUCGACGGUCGAUUCACGGUCGCGACAGCAAGGUCUGACUUUCGGCACCCUCUUCCCAACCGGGAAAACGAUACAGUCAUUUCGUCGACCAUGUGUCUCAGCUUCCCGGCUUUCGGUCGCAGUUCGCAGCAGCAAUAUUCCUCGGCGGAACCGCGUAUGCCGUCUGUCUUUGCGUUGUCGCCGUCAUUCCGCUUCCCUCUUUCUCCUUCGUUUCUUUUUCUGUUUUUCUUUCUGCGGCCGGAUAUUUUUGUUUCGCUACUGGAUUCGCUCGUUCUCUUCGGCCCGCGCAGAAACCGCGUUGCGACGAUCCAAGACCGAGGUGGAUACUGGAAUUAUUCGUGGUCGGUCCCGGAUGACCUUUUUUUUUUUUUUUUUUUUUCGCUCUUUCUUUUUCUGACAAAAAAAAAUACAACUGCUUGGGCGGUUGUCAAGUCAUGUCGUUUCGUCAACAUUGGAGGUUUGGGUUGCGACGACGGGAGGGGGGAGUUCCCGUCAGCCAAGGUCUCUCUGCCCGAGACAGUACUUCCAUACUGUACCCUUUUUCUAAAGCGAGAGUUUGCUGGGCGACGGGGUCGCAGCCAGGCCUUUUGAGGUGACCAGGUGGUCAACCUGGAUGUUAUCGACAUGACGGGAUAUGACGGGCCCAUUAUUUGUCCAUGUCCUCCCCCCAUUUCUUUAAGUUCUGGUCGAACCAAAGCUGAGGUGGAAAAGUACUCCGAAGUUGCAGUCAACUUUCGAUACCUGAUACUGACUUUCAUCGGCUGAGCAACCCUCAAAGCUGGACUGGACGACCCUCUCACAACACACGCAAGUCACGCGUCUAUCAUUCUUGGCCAUCUA